CAGAGGCGGUGCGGGCGCGCGGCGAGCCGGGGCCGAGCCGAGGCGAGCGCCGCGCGGGCCACCAUGGCCACGGACGAGCUGGCCAGCAAGCUGAGCCGGCGGCUGCAGAUGGAGGGCGAGGGCGGCGGCGAGGCCCCGGAGCAGCCCGGGCUGAACGGGGCGGCGGCGGCGGCGGCGCCCGACGAGGCGGCCGAGGCGCUGGGCAGCGCGGACGGGGAGCUGAGCGCCAAGCUGCUGCGGCGCGCCGACCUCAACCAGGGCAUCGGCGAGCCCCAGUCGCCCAGCCGCCGCGUCUUCAACCCCUACACCGAGUUCAAGGAGUUCUCCAGGAAGCAGAUCAAGGACAUGGAGAAGAUGUUCAAGCAGUACGAUGCCGGCCGGGAUGGCUUCAUCGACCUGAUGGAGCUAAAGCUCAUGAUGGAGAAACUCGGAGCUCCCCAGACCCACCUGGGCCUGAAAAACAUGAUCAAGGAGGUGGAUGAAGACUUCGACAGCAAGCUCAGCUUCCGGGAGUUCCUCCUCAUUUUCCGCAAGGCGGCGGCUGGGGAGCUGCAGGAGGACAGCGGGCUGCACGUGCUGGCACGCCUCUCCGAGAUCGAUGUCUCCACUGAGGGCGUCAAGGGGGCCAAGAGCUUCUUUGAGGCCAAGGUCCAGGCCAUCAACGAGUCCAGCCGCUUUGAGGAGGAGAUCAAGGCGGAGCAGGAGGAGAGGAAGAAGCAGGCGGAGGAGAUGAAGCAGCGGAAAGCGGCCUUCAAGGAGCUGCAGUCCACCUUCAAGUAGCGAGGCGCUGGCCCCAACCGCACGGCCCUGGCUCCGGCGCCCCGGCAGCCGGCAUCCGCGGCUCUGUCUGAAGGGACCACACUGAAAACCUAAACUAUCUGUGAACAGAGCCAGUCGAGGGGUCUCCCAGAGGGGUCCAGCCUCUCCCCGCUCCUUUCUGCUGUCCUCGAGGCCGCAACACCGGCGCUGGCUCCCUGCCUGGCCCGGCCCCCCUGGCGAUUCCCGUGUCUCUCGCACCCCCGGCUGCCCACCACCUCCUCCAGCGCUGCUUGCUGCUCCGAGCCCGGCUCCUGGCCCUAGGGCUCUCCCUACCCCGUGUGCCUGCCCCCUGUGCCUCUCCCUUUUCACCUCCUGCCCCACCCAGAGGCCACCUGCCCUUAACCAGCAGGCCGCACUGCCCCUGGGGCCUUCUGAGUCCCUUCCUAGACUGGGGGAGCAACAGAUGGCAAGAAUUGUGGCCGGCUCCGUAGAGCUGGACCUAAGGAGCUGAUGAGAGGCACGAGGGCCCCCGCGCCCACACCUGUUCCUCCAGCCCUGCCUCCUCUCUCUGCUGGAGUCACGGCGGGAGGCUUCCAUCUUGGCAAAGGGAUCCAGGCCCCUGGCGCCCUGUGCUGACUUGGAGACCCCAGCUCUCUGGGGCCCAGCGAGGCAGGGGGAGGGGGCAGCUGUGCCAAUCUACCUCACGUGCUCACCCUCUGCUGGCCAUGCCAUGGAUUGUGGGCUGGGAAGGUUCUGGGGGCAGAAACCACCUCUCCCUAGUCCCCCCAGCACGGCCUGAGGGUCCCAGGGGCUCUGGAGAGAGCAGGGUGGGGAGGGCCUGGCCCCAUCAUAGGGAAGGAAAGCAGCGCCCGUCUCCACUCUCCAGGAGGCAUCCAAGAAGUGCUUUAAGCGGUUUGCAUGGACCCGGCAGUGGUGAGCAGGGGGCCUCGCUCGGCCCUGUCACGCCCUCCUUCCCCGAGUGAUGUUCACCGCCUUGUCACCAGCGACAGGACCUGUCCCCUCACACCCACCCCCUGAGGAAGCAUGGGGACCCCAGCCCACCCUGUGCCCAUCUCCAGACGGGCCUCAGCCAUGCCUGUGCCACCGCCCAGUCCUGCGCAGCUCUCAAUGUGCUCACUCACGCGUGUGCGUGUCUGUGUGUGUGUGUCUGUGUCCGUCGCUGUGUCGUGAAACCGUGCCCGUCACCCAGUCCAAACGAGUGAACGGCCAUCGAAGCCACAGUUAUGCAACUUUCAGUGUGUGUCGUGACAGUGUCACUGCUUUUUAAACUCGAUAACUCUUUAUUUUAGUAAAAUGCCCCCAAAGUCCGUGAAACUCCCAUUGGACUUGCAGAGGGUUUAUUUUUUUGCCCUUAGAAUCUGCAGAUUAGGAGGUGUCGACCCCAGUGCAGCAGCCUUGGCCUGGAUUGCGUUUGCCUUAGCAGAUAUGUUUAUACAGAUGAAUAUAAAAAGUUCUUUUUCUUUGGGCUUAUUGCUCUUUUUUUCCCCCUCCCUUCUCACCCAAGAAAAAAAAAAAAGCUACUUCUUCAUUCGGUGGUACGAUUAUUUUUUUUAACUAAAAUCAGAUAAAAUUCUAUAUUCUUA